AUGAGAAGGCCUUUGGGAAAGAUACUGGAAGAUGAAGGUGAAGGCCCUAAGAAAGUUGAGAUAAUUGAAGAAUCUCCUACUCAUAAGAAACCUUCUGGUAUGUCUCCUUCAGUUGAGACGUAUUUUCCUUCUGACCAAAUUAGUAACACUCCAUCUUCAUCCACUCCUCUUCAUUCUUAUCCACCAAAACCUCAUAAACCUUUUGUAACCAACUCUAAUCCUCAACAAAAACAACCAUCUGAACCAUCUAAACCAUUUGCACCAUUCAAACCAUCUAAACCAUAUGAACAUGAACCAUCUGAUCCAAAACCAUAUGAACAUGAACCAUCUAAUCCAAAACCAUCUGAAACCAUUCUCUUUGAACAACCACAAAUUCCUAUAACACUCCUUUCACAGCUUCAAUCACAACCUGAGAAUUCCCCCUCUAGACAUCCCAUUCAUACACCCACUGAACUUAUACAACCAUAA